AUGACUGGAAUACAAGAAGCCGUUCUUCCAAAAUGGAUCGUCCUCUGGCUUUUCGUUUCUGGAAUGAUUUGUACCUAUGACGUGGCAUACACAAUGAAUCGUCCGUUCACUAAUGAUCCAGCCAGUUCGAGAGCGAAUUUGUUGUUUGGCGGAUGGGCACUCUACUCAUCUGUGGAUCGUCAUUAUCUCACUACAAACGACGUUUUCACUUGUUCGACAGGCCGUGUGAUGCUCCUAGAAUGUCUUCUGAAUUUCAUCGCAAUCGGUUUGGCGGCUGCUCGUAAUCGUCAUGGUCUCCUCCUUGCCUUCACUUCGAAUAUUAUGGUUCUCUGGAAGACGAUUCUAUUCUUCUCUGUCUUUUUGGCUCAGCCCGAAGGGCACUUGCCUCCGAUGAAUCCAAACAAAUAUGUUUGGUCGAAAUUUAUGAUUUUCUGGAUUCCAAACGGUGUCUGGAUCGUCAUGCCGACGCUUGUUCUCUUUGCUCUUUGGAAUAAACUUGCAUUGCCACCGAAAAUAUCUGAAAAGUAUUGGGAAGCAAGUAACAAAUGUCGAGGAGAUCUCAAUUUUGAAGACCAGAAAAAGAUUGCCCUUGAUUGA